AUGGCAAAGCCACUUUUAAAAAUAGCAUUUUUGCUCUUGUUCAUAACUGCUAUCGUAAUCGACGGUAAGAAGCUUUCUGGAAGCCGAAGUUCUGGACGCAGUUCCAAUAGGAAAACAAAUUAUAAACCUCAACCGGCACCUACUUCCUUCAGCUAUCCACAAGCGUCAGCCCCGAAACCCAGUCUAUUUGGUUGGCAAGAAAAGACAGCUCAAAAGACGAAAGUAUCUCAGUCGCAUCAGAUAAAGACCGGAAAUCAGGGUCACUCUUACCCUUCCAGUAACACUGGUCUUUCUGGUUCCGGUCCGCCUCAACAGACGGCUGUGCAACAAGAACAUAUUCAACGUAGUAACACUCCAAAUCAACAAUCAGCCCAGCGACCUCCAUCGCCGAGUCAGACUAACGGCCACGCUUAUCCGGCUUCUAAUGGACUAUCAGGAUCCGGUGGCACCUAUCCGCAAGGCCCCGGUUUAUCUGGAUCGAAUGCAGCGCCACCCUCGUAUCAAUCUGCCAACUCACAAAGAGCACAGUAUCCGGUAAAUAAUAUGCAAAGCAACCACCCAACUAACAUUGCAAAUAACUACAAUCCUAACGGACAACCACCGCCGUACACAGCCUAUGGCAAUAAUUAUAAUCACCAAGGCCCUCCACCGCCCUAUACUGGUUAUGGACACGGUUACAGUGGUUAUGGGGGACAUCAUGGAUUUGGAGGUCCUGGGUCCUAUAGUCCACAAAUGCCGGGAUAUUUCGGUGGCUACGCCAAUAAAGGUUUUGGAGGUGUAGGUCGCUCCGGUAGUACAUUGGCCGGUGUGGGAUUAGCAGGCGCUGGAAUAGGUACCGUCCUUACUGGUCUUGCGCUAUGGAAUUUGGCUCGAUCAACAGGUCAUCACCAUCACACGGUUAUUUAUGACAAUAGAGGACAACCCGUAGCCGUGGCGCCUGAAAAUGGUACUGCUCCAGUGGAAGACUCAAUACUACGAGAUUUGGUUAAUUGUACGCUAACGAUCAGUAGCCCCAAUGCCACAGAGGUUAUUGCGAUUCCUUGCUCUAUUGCGACCUCUUUUAGACCAGACGCGGACGUAAAAGAUGAUAAAUUAGAAAAUGGGAACGACGACACUAAGUGCACUAUAACCGUUGUAACGAAAGAUUCUAGAGAGUUCAUGACGACCAUUCCUUGUUCGGUACUUCUUAGCACUGCGGCACAGAAUAACGUCACGGAACCGCCAGUAUUUGUAACGGAAGCGCCUUUGAAUGGAACUGUCUUAUAUGAUGAUAGCGGCGAUUCAAAUUCACCGAAAGCCCUAAAAUUGGCGAGCGACUAUGACGGUAGAGACUCGACCGUCGCAUUGGACUGUACUUCGGAACCAGGUGAAAUUCGAGACCCAAUCAAUCCAUGCUACAGUGUGAAACACAACUUGACCGUGAUACCUUUAAGCACACCUGCACCAAUUACUAGUUCAACUGUAUAA